AUGAACGAACGAGCGGCUGCUUCGGCAGCUCUUUUUCCGGAAGCGUUUCAACUCUCCAAGCUUCAAAUAUCAUGUGCAACUAUUGGCUCAAUUCUGUUUACUUUCGGCUUCAUAAUCGUCGUUCUUUCAGUGGUUCUUGAAUAUGUGAUGUUACGGCGAGACGCGUUGAAUGCGAUCAAAAUGAAGGACGAUAUGAUGGUUCCACCACGAUGCGAAACGAAGGCCAAAGAGCUUGGCCUUACCAGUAUGUCUACUUGGAAAGAAUAUUUCGCACGAGAAGAACCUUUUCACGAUAUCGAUUGA